AUGGAGCCGCAAGAGAUCAGAGAGGGAUACUUGGUGAAAAAGGGUACAGUAUUAAACUCCUGGAAGGCAGUGUGGGUGGUGUUGUCAGACGAUGGUUUGGAGUUCUAUAAAAAGAAAACGGACCGUUCUCCGAAAGGAAUGAUCCCUCUGAAGGGAGCCGCACUCACCAGCCCCUGUCAAGAUUUCAGCAAGAGAAUGCUGGUCUUCAAGAUUACCACAGAGAAAAAACAAGACCAUUUCUUUCAAGCAUCACACAUAGAGGAAAGAGAGCUCUGGGUGAAGGACAUCAAGAGAGCCAUCAACUGUAUGAAGGAUGGGAAGAAGUUUGCCAGGAGGUCCACAAGGCGCUCCAUCCGCCUUCCUGAAAAAGUCAACCUUGCUGAGCUGUAUGCGCUGUUGAAAGACCAGGAUGAUGGAGUGAAGGAACUGAAACUGGAGCAAGAUAAUCGAGUUUUUAACCACUGCUUCACAGGUGCGACAGUGGUAGAAUGGCUGGUUGUGAAGGGAAAAGCGAGAAACAGCCCAGAGGCGCUCAUGUUAGCAACUGGGCUUCUGAACGAGGGCUUUCUCCAGGCUGCAGGUGACCUCUCCAAAGAGGGAGCAGAGUGUGCUGUGCAAGCAACCUUCUUAAAUGAUACAAAGGCUCUGUACUACUUUGCAGAUAGUGGGUUCUUCUGUGAAGGCUGCUCCAGUGAUGAAGAUGUUCUGUUGAAGGAGGAAUUCAGAGGAAACAUCAUAAAACAGGGUUGUUUACUUAAGCAGGGACAUAGAAGGAAAAACUGGAAGGUGCGGAAGUUUAUUCUGCGAGACGACCCUGCUUAUAUUCAUUAUUAUGAUCCUUCAAAGGGUGAUGACCCCCUGGGAUCCAUUCAUCUCCGUGGGGCUGUGGUUACAGCUGUGGAGUCUGCGCCUGAUGCCAAAAAGUACGACAUUGAUGGCAACCUCUUUGAGAUCAUCACUGCAGAUGAGACUCACUACUUCCUCCAAGCUGCAACCGCUGAAGAAAGAAAGGAGUGGAUCAAAGCAAUACAGGCUGUGUCAAAAUGUGGAAAAUAA